GGUGAGUCAGUGUCAGUGAUGGAGGGGGAUUCGGUCACUCUAAACUCUGAUGUUACUGAAAUACAUGAAGAUGACGACAUACUGUGGAAAUUUGGAGCUGAAGACUCUCUCAUAGCUGAAAUCAGUAGAGAGGACCAAAUCUUCUCAACAUUUAAUGGUCCUACUGGGAGAUUCAGAAACAGACUGAAGCUGGACAAACAGACUGCAUCUCUGACCAUCACAAACAUCUCAUCUGAACAUGCUGGACAUUAUGAAUUACAGAUAAGUGGAGAUAAGUUGUCAUCAAAAACAUUCAGUGUUUCUGUCUAUGCUUGUCUGGCCACUCCUAACAUUAGAAGAGAUUUUUCACAAAAUCUUUCAUCAUCAUCAUCAUCAUCAUCAUCAUCAUCACAGCAGAAUUGUUCAUUGUUGUGUUCAGUGGUGAAUGUGGGUCAUGUGACUCUCUCCUGGUACAAAGGAAACAGUUUAUUGUCCAGCAUCAGUGUGUCUGAUCUCAGCAUCAGUCUCUCUCUACCUCUGGAGGUGGAAUAUCAGGAGAAAAACACCUACAGCUGUGUGCUCAACAAUCCCAUCAGUAACCAGACCACAGAUCUAGACAUCAGUCAACUCUGUCCAGAUCAGGGCCUACCCUUAUUGUACAUAGUGUUGAUCUCUGCUGCUGGAUCUCUGUUGAUUGUAGCUGCAGUCGUGAUGUUCUGCAUCUGCAAGAAAUGUAGAAGAACAGUUGACACCUGGAAUGAAGACAGAGCUGAUUCAAUGUUGUGUAAACCAACAACACGAAAAAAGAAAUCAAAGUCGGAGGCUCUGUAUGAAAAUGUGCCCAAAAAACGGUGAUCAAAU